AUGUCUUUGCAUUACGAGAAAACAUGGGAGAAUUCAUGUUUUACAUCGUUCACUAUGCUUGAGUAUAUUUUAAAUAACCUUAAUAUUGAACUUGAUACAUUUAUCACGGGAAAUGUAUCUAUCAGCAGAGAACAAAUGAGGGUGGUACUUGAAAACACGCCAGAAAUAGAUUUACGCCCUCUCUGGAAAGGUGGGACAGGAAGAUGCACAUCCUUUUCUAUUCAUGUCGCCUCUCGUAUGAAGGAUGAUGAUCCCAGUACGAUAUUCCACUUUGUUGAACUUGAAGAACAUCACAGAGCGUGCUUUACGUCUACGGGGAUCAUCAUUGAUUCCAGUGCAAGAAAGCUACUUCAAACAAAGAAUGAAAAUCCUGUCUCUGGUAACUCAGGAUCAUGGAAACUUGAUGCGUCGUCAAAUACUCUUUUCUUCAAGAGUAGUAAGACCAAAGGCUUCAUUCCGUUCAAACCCUUAUCGGGUUACAUAGAGGCAAUACACCAUUGUAUCCUCCAACUCUGUGAUGAGAGUACCUUUCUUUGUUUAUUUCGAAUGAAACACCACGGCCGCAAUAAGUUCAACGGAAGAAUUAUAUGGCAGCCCUCUCGACGCCGGUUGUCGUGGAGCGAGUUCCGCCAUAACGAAACCACUAAGAAAGAUCAAUUUUACGAAUUGUCCGUCGACUUUUCUAACCCUUCUGGAGACGAAGAGGCUUUCAACAUCUACUGGAGUAAUUUCGAAGAGUUCUGCAAAAAGGGAGACCGGGCUGUUCAGUAUGAGGCAAUUCAGCCUUUCCUGUUGAACAUAUGGGCAGCUAGCCUUAAGCAAUUUGGCUACGGAAAUUGCCUCGAGGGAUGGAUAUAA